AUGGCGAGCCAGGACUACUACAAUUCGUUCGCUCAGCCGUCGAGACCUAACAAGCCUCCGCCAUCCUCAUUACCUUACACCAAAGCAUUCUACACGCCUGCAGCCUCUGCCCAACAUUCACAAUCAACAUUAAAUCACACCUUUGGCCAAGACGCACCACCAGAUCCUCGCUAUUAUGGCUCAUCGCAGUCAUCUUUGCCUCAGAAACCCGCAAAGCAAUCCUCAACAGAGAUGUAUACACUCCCCGUCUCCAAGAUAUCCACCAAUCAGUCCGAUCUCAGCCACCAAAACACGCAUCAUCCUCCCUCGCCAGAAGGGCGUGUCGAAGCACAGCUGCUGACCGAGUCGACGGGGAAAGACAGGAAGCGAAAGAAGAAGCAGGACGGCUGGUUUCGUGGCAAGAUUCCAUGGGUCGUCUACGUCGUCACCAUGGCUCAGCUCACCGUCUUCAUCGUUGAAAUCAUCCGCAAUUCCAUCGUCACUGGAUCGCCUAUCAUGACCAAGCCCUCCUUCAAUCCCAUGAUCGGGCCUUCCCCAUACAUGCUGAUCAACAUGGGCGCUCGCUUCGUGCCCUGUAUGCGCCGCGACGAAGAUAUCCAAGAAGCCAAUCCACCCGUGACCCAGUGGCACUGCCCGAGCUCCACGAGCAACGAUCCUGACGAUCCGAACAAUAGCUGCGACCUCAGUGCUUUAUGCGGUUUUGGCGGUCUUGACAACCAGCAUCCCGACCAGUGGUUCCGCUUCAUCGUUCCCAUCUUUUUGCACGCUGGCAUUAUUCACAUCGCCUUCAACAUGCUCCUGCAGCUCACUUUGGGUCGAGAGAUUGAGAAGCUUAUUGGCAGUAUCCGCUUCGCUUUAGUCUACUUCUUCUCUGGCAUCUUUGGCUUCGUACUCGGCGCAAACUUUGCCGGCAAAGCAGCUGCCUCGACGGGUGCAUCUGGCGCCCUCUUCGGCAUCCUGGCCAUUAAUCUCCUCGAUCUCAUCUACCACUGGCAGGAGCGCUACAAGCCGCUGCGUGAACUCAUGUGGUUGAUCGCUGAGAUUGUCGUUUCCUUCGUCCUAGGCCUCCUUCCCGGUCUCGACAACUUCGCCCAUAUCGGCGGGUUUCUCAUGGGCCUCGUCCUGGGCAUCUGCAUCCUGCACUCUCCCGCCCCACUACGCAAACGCAUGGGCGAACGCUCCGGCCCCCCCUCAACCUCACCCACCACUGGCUCCUCCUCAAAAGUCGGCCCGUACCACCGCACACCCUCCAACGAGAAUCAAGACCUCUCCCUCAUGAAACCUUCACAACGCGCUGCCCGCCGCGAGAAGAUGGCAGACUACGCCGCCUUCCGCAAAUCACCGCUUGCAUUCUUCAAGAGCCGCAAGCCGCUCUGGUGGGGCUGGUGGCUGUUGAGGGCGGGUGCGCUGAUUGGGGUACUGGUCGGGUUCGUGGUGCUCUUGAACAACUUCUAUAAGUACCAUGAUACGUGCAGUUGGUGCAAGUAUCUGAGUUGUCUCAACAUCAGUAAUUGGUGUGAGUUGGACAAUCUGCGGAUCGAACAGAAGAGUCCGAAUACGAGGAGGAGUAUCGCCAUGGCAGGGGCGAUGGUUUUGGGAGGUGCGUUGCUAUAG